AUGGCCAGCAGCUUGUGCACCAUCCACGCAUACUUCCACGUGUUGGACGAGGCACUCGCUGCACCCAUCUUAAAGGAUUUCGUCGAGCACACCAAGGAUGAAAGCGGCUGCUUGUGGUACGCGUGGGAUCGUUCCGGAGACAAGUUGUUCUGCAAUGAGGCUUAUGAGGACGCCCAGGCGGUGCUGAUCCAUAUGAAAAACCUUGAAAAAGCAGGCACUUUCAAAGACGCUGCCAAGCUCACCCAGAUAGAGUUCCAUGGUCCUGCUGUUGAACUUGAGAAGCUACGCUCGGCUGCCGAAGCCGUCAAUGCUAGGCUUUUCACAGAGGAUGGGGGUGCAAGCUUCAUGCAUCCCCUCACACCAGGUGCAGAUGCCGAGCCUGCAUCUUUGUGUACUUUGCAUGCAUACUAUGACCUCACGGAUGAAGGCAAAGCGGAGCCUGUGCUCGCCGAUUUGGCGGCAAGGACGAAAUCUGAGAGGGGGUGUGUUUACCAUGGGUGGACGAAGGCGGGCGACACGCUGUUCUGCCGCGAGGGUUAUUUGGACAGCGAUGCGGUGCUGGCGCAUCUCAGCAACGUCGCCUCCUGCACAGGCCUGGCGGACUGCACCACUUUACGUCGCUUGGAGCUCCACGGGCCGCCGUCACAGCUUGCCAAGCUGCAGGACAUUGCGCAGCAGAUGGGCGCGGAGUGUUUUGAGCGACAAGAAGGCUUCCAGCGCGUGGCCCUGGCAUCGGCAGUCAAGGCGGAACCGUUGCAUGGCCUUCAUCUGGAUCGGGCCGUCCUCCGCGACUUCUGCUCCAUCCAUGCUUACUACAAGGUGACCAACGAGGAGGCUGUCGGGAGGCUUCUUGCGAGCUUCGAAACCAGGACAAGGGCCGAGGUAGGCUGCCUUUGGUAUGCGUGGGACCGGACAGACGACCGGUUGUUCUGCAACGAAGCCUACGCCAAUGCUGAGGCUGUCUUGGCACAUGUGCAGCAUCUCGAGGGAGUGGGUUCUUUCGGCGGCGCCGCACAGCUCACAGACAUUGAGUUCCAUGGGCCUGCAGCAGAGCUGGAGAAGGUCAUGGGCACGGCGAAGAAGCUUGGUGCCGCUCUCUUUGCCUUGGAGUCGGACGUGACCUUCAAGCCAGUGGAUCUUUGCACCGAAGGGCAACAGUCUGACUUGUGCACCAUGCAUGCCUAUUUUACGGUGGAGGAUGAGUCGGGCGUUGCUGGUGCACUCGCCGAGCUGGUGGACAAGUCACGAGCGGAAGAUUCUUGCAUGUACUACGGCUGGACCCGUGCAGGGACAACCCUUUUCUGCCGCGAAGGUUACACAGGUGCAGCCGGCAUUCUCGCACACCUCGCGAAUGUUUCGGCUUGCGGUGGCCUCACAAACUUUGCCAAGCCACACCGCAUCGAGAUCCACGGACCGAAAGAAGAGAUAGCCAAGCUGCGGCAGACAGCUGACGAAAUGGGAGCCACCUGCUACACACGGCAGUCCGGCUUCCAACACUUCCAGGCGAGACCCGCGCUUCUGGGCACCGCGCCGCUGGCUGUUGCUCGCCGGGGCGACGUGGAGCCGUGGAGGCAGCUCUUCAGGGCGCUGGCGGCGCUGAAGUACGUCGGUAUCGCAGGGCUCGCCGUGGCCCUCCUAGCCAGGCUAGCGCAGCGGACGCAGCGCAGCGGGCGGAACUUUGCGGCCGCGAGCCUGAUGAUGCUCCUGGGUCAUCUUGCCGAACGAAAGCUCCCUUCCGAAAUGUCCUGA